UCAGCACGUUCCUAUAAUAAGUAGUGUAUCGAUUCGCAACGCUCCGCGUACUUCUGGAACGAGCGUGCAAACUCCUCGGCGGAAGCAAUCCGUCGUAUCCUUCGACACAGGCACCAAGGAAGCAGCGCUGGAGUUCGAUCCGAAGCACCUUCCUGAAGAAGUGGUGAGUGGCAUUAAGCAACGUGCUUGACCACGUAAUCAGUGCUCUGCAUGUGUCGCGUGUCUGGUGUCUUCGCAGCCGAAGGCGUUAGCGCAUCUGGAAGAGAUGGGACCGAAACUAUCGAAGAAGAAGAGCCUGUCCACUAUUCUCAAGGCAUCCGGCUCGGCGACGACGCCCCGAUGCGAACCCUCCGUCGACUUCGGCGAUACCCGCUUCACUCUGAUCAGCCCUCUGCUCAGCCCGACGCGUGCAUCAUACCCGCGUCAUCUGUCGUCCAGCAGCCGUCUCUCUCGGAUCUCAACGAGCAGUCUGUCUUCGCUGGCCGACAGCGACGCCCGCAGCUUUGGGCGGCAGCCCAUCACCCUGCGACGCAUGACCCGCACCCGCGGCUACGGCUUCGAGGACACCACCACGCGCAGCGCCGACAACCGGCCCUCUAUGUUGGGUGACGCCGCGCUCUUCAAUGCUUUUAAUCGGACACUACGUUUACAACGGUUGCUUAAGGGAGCGCUAAAGGAAGGUAAUAAGUCGAGCCGUGAUCGACACAUUGUUCGUCUAGAAGCCUGUCAUCGUUGUUUGCGUACCAGUAUGAUUGUUGCACAGAAAAUUGCCACCGAAGCCCCGCUGCGGCUGCUUCCUAAUUUGAAACGCCCGCGCCAGAACGGACGCGUCGGCGUAAUCCCCACGUGACCUACCUUUGUGCCGCUUUCUGUGACGCGCUGACGUGAAUCCGCCAGGUAAAGCCGCUUCAGUAUUUCGUUUUCUCCGCUUUCUCAUUUACAAAAAAUAUGCUUCGAAUUCGUCUCACUACAAAUGGUCAAUUCGUUAUCAAAAAGCCUGAUCUUCGAAUUAAGCUUGGUCGAAUUUUUUCAUUGUCCAUUUAACGUCUUUUGUGGCACACGCGUGCUUAUCAAUCCUUGUCAUACCAGCAGACGAAUAUUUGCAUAACCAAUGCACGUGGGUGCUUUGCAGUUUUAAUUCCACACCUCAAGGAAGAUGUUCCCUAUUUUGCCGUGGUAUUGUUAAUACGGCUCGUUAAAAAAUCAUUUC